ACCCCUCCUCCUCCUCCUCUCCAGCCCAGCCCAAGCCGGGCCAACAGGAGGAAGUCGACUCACAUCUCAGCCUCGAGCCAUCAAUACGCGGGGUGGGCUGGGUUGGUUGGCUGGGUUUUAGCUGUGUGCCCUGUGCGGUAAAGCCCAUUAUAGCGUCUCAUAGCGUCAGUCUCGAUCUCGUCUCUCUCUCUCCGUCUGUCUCUCUCUCUCUCUUCAACCAACCCAGCCGCCUUGACGUCUCGUCCCUUGCGCUCUCCGUCGCCCCGUGAAAUGCAAGCUAUCAAGUGUGUGGUGGUCGGCGAUGGUGCCGUGGGUAAGACAUGUCUUCUCAUCAGCUACACCACAAACGCCUUCCCCGGAGAAUACAUUCCGACCGUGUUCGACAACUACUCGGCAAACGUGAUGGUGGACGGCAAGCCGGUGAACCUGGGACUGUGGGACACAGCCGGGCAGGAGGACUACGACCGACUGAGACCGCUAUCCUAUCCGCAGACGGACGUCUUUCUCAUCUGCUUCUCGCUCGUGAGCCCAGCGUCCUUUGAGAACGUUCGUGCCAAGUGGUACCCGGAGGUGCGACACCACUGCCCCAACACCCCCAUCAUCCUGGUGGGCACCAAGCUGGACCUGCGGGACGACAAGGACACCACGGAGCGACUCAAGGACAAGAAGCUGGCCCCCAUCUCCUACCCUCAGGGGCUCGCCAUGGCUAAAGACAUCGGCAGCGUGAAGUACCUGGAGUGCUCGGCGCUGACCCAGCGGGGACUGAAGACGGUGUUUGACGAGGCGAUCCGCGCCGUGCUCUGCCCCCCGCCAGUCAGGAGCUCCUCCAAGAAGUGCAAGCUGCUGUAGUGGCGUGCUCGCGGAGGGGUGGGAGGGCAAGGCCACGCGCGGCGCACGCCCCAACUCUCCUCGUCUCUCGCUCGCGCUCUCUACGUGUCCAUGCAGGGGGGUGGGG